GCCGCGAAAGGCCCCGCGACCCGCGACUUCCGUAAGAUCACGUGCGCGCGUGGAAGCAGGGGUGCCCGGUGGACUGGGCCAGGAUGGUCUGAACGAGGCAGUAUAUCCCGCAGAAGCAGGGCCUGGCGGCCACGCAGGUCAGGUUGCACUCGAAGCUCGAGCACACGCAUCUGCCCCAGCUACGUUUGUGCAACCUGUUCUUCUCUGUCCCCCCACCAGUACCAGUGCAUAGCCUCGCGUCCGAAUCGACGUCUGAUUGUGUCCCGAUGGCUCAUCACGGAGGCGGAGAUGUGCCCAUGCAAGUGCGGACGAACGCGUUCCUUAUCUCAAGAGGACCCAAGUCGAAGGAGCCGUGGUUCCAGUAUCAUGGUCCUAAUCGACACGCAACUCGACAGAUUCCCUACUAGAAGAGCCUUCGAGAUUAUUGACAAAUUACAGAGGGUCUUCCCCCAGUAUUUCACCCCUCGGGCCGUCUUCGAUGGCAAGGCGGGUCUGUUCUCGAAGAGGGGGGACAUCCCCGCUGGGCAGCUUGAAGUGAGGAUGUCUGCGAAUCCCACCUCAUCGAAAGGCGUAUUCAAGGUGAACUUGACACGCGUGCGCCAAAUCAAGCCUGACUGGAUCGAAGAACUCCUGGUACGAGGCGCAGGAGAAGCGCCAAACACCGACACAAGCACCACUACUCUCCUACAAAUCGUAGUCCGGCAAGGCGCGAACAUGCGCCAUCACUAUCCUCCGAACGCCCGUGCGUUCUUCGUCGAACACGGGACGAGAGACAUGAAUGGCGGCUUGCGGGCCUAUAGAGGCUUUUACCAGAGCGUACGGCCUGCUAUAGGACGACUGCUGCUGAACGUCGACACAGUGACUGCCUUGCUAUACCGACCGGGUCCGCUGCUCGACGUGGCCCUGAGCUAUCUAGGGAAGAGAAACCCCCGAGAUCUCGCAAACCUCCCGACCACGGAAUUCAACAGACUGCGGGCUUUUCUGAAGGGCGUGAGGGUCACCAUUCAGACCGCCCGCUCAGACAGGGCUCGGCCGAUAUCCAACUUGGUAACCAACGCUGGGGCUUACGAGUUCGAGAAGGACGGAUCGCCGACGACAGUGCAGGAAUAUUACCGCCAAGUGUACAACGUACAACUGCGGUACCCUUCCAUCUUUGGUAUCCGCAUCGGACGCGACGCCGUGUUCCCAAUAGAGCUGUGCAACAUCGAGAAAGGACAGCUCUACAGGAAGAAGAUACCCGCUGAAAUCGGCCCCGAUUUCCUGUCAUUCUCGACGCAGAAGCCGCACGAUCGACUGCAGACCAUCGAGGCCGCUAUCUCAGGGCCGAAUCAACUCUUCAACUACGACGUCUCCGACUUCAUGCAGGAGGCUGGCCUGCAGAUCGAUCACACGCCCCUUCUUGUGCAGGGACGCGUCAUGCCAACGCCGGCGAUUCAAUACCGCGGCUCAUCGCUCAACUUGCAGGACAAAAGCGGUGCAUGGAACGUCGUCAGGAAGCAGUUCUUGUCGCCUAAGCCGAUUGAGGCGUGGGCCGUCGUGAACUUCGACCCUCGCGCUUCUGGUGAUAAUAGGGCCCGGUUCCUUUCGAAGUUGAGCGAAAACCUGCAAGCGUUGGGUGUCCAGAUCAGGCUACCUCCCGUAAUCGACGCCGGCAAUCCGAACCAAGUUGCUGAUUCGAUAGAACGAGUCGCCAGGAGGGCACACCCUGAAGGCAAAGCUCCUACAAUCGUCAUCGCGUUUCUUCCCAGCAGUGGCGCCGAAAUCCGAAGGGAGAUCAAACACUGGGGUGACAUCCGACGUUAUGUGCCGACGCAGUGUGUGCGUGCGGGUAAAUGGGAACGAGUCUCGGACCAGUACUGCAAUAAUGUCGCACUGAAGUGGGUAUUGAGCACCAUCGUGUUAGGCCCUUCUCCCGGUUCACCGUGCUCGCAGAAUCAAUGCCAAGAUUGGAGGCAUCAACUCCAAGAUUAUCCCCACACUGUCCGGCCUGAAAGCUCUCGUCCCGCCUCGUACGAUGGUGAUAGGUAUAGCUACGCAUCGCGUCUCCGAGCUUACCUUGACGGAGGAUUUGCUCAUUGUACUGCAGGUGCAGACAUCGGUCACCCUGGGCCCGGCGUGAGCAAUCGACCGUCGAUGACGAGCCUCGUCACAUCGCUCAACGACGACUGCACACAAUACGCUGCGUUCUCUGCUAUACAGGAGCCCCGCGUGGAAAUCAUCGCCAACUUGCAAGCGAUGCUCAAGGAUGCGAUCUACCAAUACCUGUGGCAUAACGACGGCCAGUAUCCCCAGCGGAUCGUGUUCUUCCGAGACGGUGUCUCCGAAGGAGAGUAUGCACGGGUCGCCCGAGAUGAGAUCGAAUCGAUCAACAGCUGCCUGGUCAACCUGGUCGGAUUUCAGAAGAACGGUGAACCUGUCAAAGAUGGAACCAAGGUCUACGCUCCCGGAAAGAAACCACCAGUCACAUUCAUUGUCGUAGGAAAACGGCAUCACAUCCGUUUCUUUCCGACCUCGAGAGAAAACGCUGACCGCUCGGGGAACUGCCCUCCGGGAUUCGUCGUCGACAAUGAGAUCACUGGAACGGCGUUCCCGAACUACUACCUUCAAUCGCAUAGUGGGAUCCAAGGCACGAGCCGACCCAGCCAUUACAUCAUUCUGCGCAACGAGAUUGGACUGCCAGUCGAAACGUGUCAGCGUCUCUCCUUUGACCUAUGUCAUGUGUAUGCUAGUGCUACACGCUCUGUCUCAAUACCAGCACCCGUGUAUUAUGCCGACCGUGUCUGCGCAAGAGCGGACUUCCAUUACAGGCCCGACCUGCGCUUCGGCGACACCGACUCCGGGAUCGGGACGGACUCCUCGGUGUUCGACCUGCAGAAAUGGGAGGACGGCUUCAAGCCAGCAGGAUUACCGGCACUCCGCAAAAUGUACUUCCUAUAGACAUGGGCCGUCCCGCGACCGGUGGUGUUGUACGAAACUGGGAGGGCAUCGAAUUCUGCAGUCACCGCUUUGUAUCAAGAGAAGAAUGAGGUGAACUUCCGGGAUCUGUUGGUGUACGCUUGCAUAGGUGGUAGCUCACUUUCUGGUGUGACAGCACAGCUAAAGCAUCGUGUAGCCUGUAGGAUUGGUAGUACUUGUUACUCAAUGUAUCGUAGGCCGGAUCUAGAACAGUGCUCCUGCUAGGCGGAGGAUUACUAUGUACUCGCUGAAUCACAAUUUCUCAUCGUGUCCUUCACCGUGC